CUUUCCUCUUUAGCCAAUAGCACUCAAUAUUCAGAGAAAGUGAAAGAAUUCAAAAGAAAGAAAGAGACCAUGUUUUGAGGAAGGAGACAUGCAUCAUCCCAACCUCACAUGAUUUAUAGUUUUGAUUAUUUGUACUCUGCUUUGAGAGGAAACAAACCCAUUUUUGGGUGAUUGGUAGGUAAAUAAACGCUUUGUUUUGUCUCUUUUUUCGGAUAUGUUCUGUUUUUUUUUCUUGUUCUCGUUUUUGUUCUUUUGAACUGGAUCAUUAAAGUUCGAGUGAUUUUUGAUAUACAGUUCUAGGAAUCUACUAUGUGAUUGAUUUCCCUAGUUACUGGUAUUGCAUGUUCGUGCUUUUUGUGAACGUUUCAAUGAUUUGAUCUGAUUUGUUAGUCCGUCGGUUAUCAAAUUCAGAAUCUUUGCUUCCUACUUAAUUUCAUAAUCGGAUCUGAUUUUUUUUUUCUUUAUUUUUCUUAGAUCUGUUGUUCUUUGUUUGAAUCAAGAACUGUUGUUUUAGAUUCGCUUGCAAUUGAUUUAUGACUAGUUGUUUAUACUUGACUGGGUUAUAUUGUCUCUUUUCAUGGAUAUACUAUUGUCUGGUGAUUAGCUUACUGAAGUAACGUUUUAGAUAAUGCAAGAGUUUCAUAGCAAAGAUUCAUUGUCUAGUCCUACAACUUCUUGGGGAAACUCUGUGUUAUCUAACUCAAACGUCCAAGGAUCAUCAUCAUCAGCCAUGACCGACAACAACAACAACAACAAUACGUUAAGCUUGACUAUGGAGAUGAUGUCUGCCCAUUUCCCAGGGAUGAAACAAACUGGUUUUCAAUUGCAGGGUCAUGAUGAUUCUUCCUCUACACUAUCCACUGGAGGAGGAGAAUCAUCUGGUGACGUUGCAAGUUUGGGGGGACAUAAUAGUAAUAAUCGUUAUGGCCACAACUUUGUUACCCAUCUCUCAGGUCACAAAGAAAUCGCAGUGAGUCCUAGUGGAAGUCAUCCAAAAUCAAUCUUGUCGAAGGUCUCUCAAAACUCAGCUCCUCCUCCUACUAUUGAGGCUUCUUGGCCUCUACAUGGCAAUUGUUUCAUGUCUUUUCCAUAUGCAUCACAACACAUGCAGCAUCCACAAAUUGGAGGGUUGAUGAUACCUUCUCGAAUCCUUCUGCCUCACAACAUUCCAGAGAACGAACCAAUCUUCGUCAAUGCCAAACAAUACCAAGCCAUUCUCCGUCGCAGGCAGCACCGUGCAAAGCUUGAAGCUCAGAACAAGCUCAUCAAAGCCCGUAAACCAUACCUUCACGAGUCUCGCCACCUUCAUGCGUUAAAGAGAGCUAGAGGCUCUGGUGGACGUUUCCUCAACACAAAGAAGCUUCAAGAAUCAAAAUCUCCUCCAUUCUUGGCCACAUCGGUCAAGUUCAGACAGAGGGAGAUUUUGGGCGUUGCGGUCGGGUCUAGUGGCCCGGAGUUAACUGGGAACAACAUGGACAUGUUCCAACAAGACCCACAACUCAGAUUCUCAGGUUAUCCAUCAAACCACCAUGUCUCAGUUCUCAUGUGAGAAUAGUGGUUGAUGAGAGACCAUGACGGGAAGUCAUCCUUGGCUAUUACUGAUCCAUAAAAAGUGUGUUCUGUCUUUUUAAUUCUGCUUUCUUUAAUCUCUAUUGCAAAAAAAAAAAAGUUGAAAAUCUUUCAACCAGUUUGUUUGUUAUGUUCUUUUCUUUUAUGGGAUUGUUUAUGGUGUGUGGUUGGAUUGUUGAUACUUUGGUUUAAACUUUUGUGAAUUAUGUAAUAUAAUAAUUAUCUAUCUGUACAGAACCAGUGUUAUGCAAUAUGUACAACAAAUUAAUCAUUAUUUAUA